CGCGCGAAGGUAUUCAGGAGAAUCCAAGAAUCCUGAGAGGGGGAAAGAAGGAGCAAAAGAGAGCCUUUAAAUAAGAAACAGGGUAAAAAAAAAGUUCGAGAAAGUUCUUAACUUUCUUUUAAACAACUCAGAAGUGACGACUGACGACCGAUUAAGAAGAAAAAUGAAGCCAAUGAGCAUCGCGUGCGCAGUCACCGUCAUCGUCGCGUGCCUCUGCGUGCUACAGAGUGCAGCUGUACCGUUCACUCAGUCUGAGGUACAGCUCGAGGAACCUGUGGAAAUGGAAGCAGCUCAGAGACAUGAUCAGGGUGAAGCUGCCAUGCUGGUGAAGGAGACGAGUCCUGAGGUGCUGUUCAGGACGAAGCGUCAGAGUCACCUGGCUCUGUGCCGAUACUGCUGCAACUGCUGCAAGAAUAAAGGCUGUGGGUACUGCUGCAGGUUCUAAUAACACAGAACGCAUGCAAGUUUCAUCACUCUUAGGAGGGGACGUUAACUUAUUUAUCCUGCUGGACUGAUCUCAUUUCUCUGUAAUGUCGAAAAUUCUCCUGUUUGGACUUCUCCACCUGCUGAAUGGAUCCGACGCUAUGGGUUAAAUUUGUUUUCUACACACUGAAGCUGAGAAGCUAAGAAGAUCUAAUGUGUUAAUGUACUACGAGCUCCUUGCUCUGGAAAUUUGAGUACUAGCUAUACUAUUAGCUCAAUGAAUCUAGUGAAGCCAGUAUUUUUUUUAACUUCAUUAUUUUCUGAAGGAAAAAGAUAACAUCUAGCUUCUCCACUUCCGCUAUUAUACACUGCCAACUUCCAAUACAUCUUGAUUUUACCAAACGUUAGAUAAUUCAUUCGUAAACUUGACCAUGUGACGGAAAAUUUGAAUUAAAUUUGCUAGCUUAGAAAGCUGCUCCUGAAGAAUUAUCGUUAAUCACAGCCAUGCUAGCAUAAUCACAGUUUUUCAUAUGGAUAGCCAGCUAGCGAAUCUAGCAUUGUUAAAUAUUUCUAAAUGCCAGAAUUAUAUGCUAAGCAUAGUGGCAAUAUAUGUAUAUAUAUUUUAUAAAACGUCACAUGAUUAAGCUUGAGAUAAAUCUUCAUAUGAACUUUGUUCGCAUUGACCUCUAGAUGUAAAUGUAAAUGAAUUGAAAACAUUCGCUUAGCUACGUAUUUGUGAGUAGUUAAGCAUAUUUUUUACAUAUUGCCUAUGCAAAUACCUGUUAUGUGAAAUAUAUGUCAAAUUUUGUAGUAAGUUUGUAAUAAAUCCUUUUCCUAAAAUUUG